UUCGACUUUUGGAGAUCGGGGCAAACUAUAUCGCAUUAUGUACAUGUGGUGUUAAGCGCUAUAAUACGGAUAUAUGAUGUAUUCCUAUUGAAGCCCGUGGCUGUUUCCACAGACUGCGAGGACCCCCGGUGGCGGUGGUUUAAGGGCUGUCUAGGGGCCUUAGACGGCACGUACGUGAGUGUGAUGGUUGGUAACGAGGAUAAACCUCGGUAUAGAACAAGGAAAGGGCAGAUUUCAACCAAUGUUCUAGGUGCUUGUGAUCGAAACAUGAAUUUCACUUAUGUUUUAACCGGUUGGGAAGGUUCGAUGGCCGAUUCUCGAAUCUUACGAGAUGCCAUAAAUAGACCUCACGGCCUUAAGGUCCCAAAGGGAAAAUACUAUUUGUGUGAUAAUGGUUACGCAAAUAGUGAUGGUUUUCUAACGCCUUUCAAUGGUGUUAGAUACCAUCUGAAGGAGUGGGGCCCCAAUGCUGCACGACCACAAAAUAAAGAAGAACUAUUUAACUUGAGACAUAGUAAGGCAAGAAACGCCAUAGAGCGAGCAUUUGGCAUUUUGAAGAUGAGGUGGGGUAUUCUUAUAUCACCGUCCUUUUACCCUAUUCGACAUCAAAAUAGACUCAUAAUGACGGCCUUCCUACUCAACAACUUUAUUCACAUGGAGAUGGCGAUUGACCCUAUAGAACAACAACUAGAUGUUAGCAAUCCGGCCCGUUGCCAUCCCUAG